AUGGCUGCGCCAGGCUCUGCGCUGCGGCGCACAGCAUUCGCUUCUUCGUCGCUGUUAAGGACAAGAGUGAUCCCUGCCACCCGAACGCAAACCACGCACAUCCCUCGCGCUGCCCGCUGUCCUGUCCUGUCCGCCCAUGUACCGACCACACACCUCUCCCAAACCCGAUAUAGUUCCUAUUCCGCGCCAGCACCCGGUGAGAAUGGAAAGGCGCGGAGGAAGGUUACUAUUCAGACGCUCCAGAACAUGCACAAAAAGGGGGAGCCGAUCACGAUGCUGACGGCGCAUGACUUCCCCAGUGCUCAUGUGGCCGAUGCGUCGGGGAUGGAUAUGGUCUUGGUAGGGGAUAGUUUAGGGAUGGUAGCGCUUGGACUGGAAAACACGACGGAGGUCGUUAUGGAAGAGAUGAUUCUUCAUUGUCGGAGCGUAGCGCGGGCAACGAAAGCAGCUUUCAUUAUCGGAGAUCUACCGAUGGGGUCAUAUGAAGUGUGCGCGGAACAAGCAAUCGAGUCAUCUCUGCGCCUGAUCAAGGAAGGCCGCGUACACGGCGUCAAGCUCGAAGGUAGCGAGGAACUCGCGCCCACAAUCAAACGCAUCACACAAGCCGGCGUUCCGGUAGUAGGCCAUGUCGGUCUCACACCACAGCGACAGAAUGCGCUCGGCGGCUUCCGUGUACAGGGCAAGACAGCUGUCAGCGCAAUGAAGCUGCUGCGCGAUGCACUUGCUAUGCAAGAGGCUGGCGCAUUCAUGCUUGUGCUUGAGGCGAUGCCGUCGGAGGUUGCAUCCAUCAUCACGCAGAAGCUUCGGAUUCCGACUAUCGGUAUUGGCGCUGGGAAUGGCUGCUCCGGACAGGUUCUUGUGCAGGUUGACAUGACUGGGAAUUUCCAGCCUGGCCGGUUCGUGCCGAAGUUUGUUAAGCAGUAUGCGGAUAUUUGGGAUGAGGCUGCCCGUGGCAUCUCGCUGUAUCGCGAUGAGGUUAAGAGUCGGGCGUUCCCUUCAGAGGAAUAUACAUAUCCCAUUGCGAAGGAUGAGCUUGCUGGGUUCCAGAAAACGGUGGACGAGGUCUUCCGGGAAUCAUGA